GACUCUGCAAAAACAGCUCUUAGUUAUGAAUUAUCACGUUUUCCCCUGAGCCUCUUCGACGAGAAAGGUUGGAUGCGACAAGGGAAAAAGUCGGAACUGUAUAACGUGUUUAAUCCAGCUAUCCAGAAUUCAUCAUUAUUGAGCGACUGUCAAUUUGUCAUAGAUGGAGCAUGGCUUUUGCGUCAGGUGUGCUGGCCCCACGGUAGAACUUUUUUGGAUAUUUUUCAGAUUUACGAAAACUACAUUCAAAGAAAUUUCAGAGAUGCGCAGGUAGUGUUUGAUGGAUACAAAAACGACGUCAUUGGAGUGAAAACAUAUGAGAGGUUACGCAGGAAAGAGACAUCUUUCGCGGUCGACGUCGAUAUCGGUCCUGACAAGAUGAUUACCGUGACAAAAGAUAAAUUCCUUUCUAAUGUUGUAAAUAAAUACAAAUUGGUCAGAUUACUCUCUGAACAUUUGAAUCGAAAGGGGAUUGUGACAACAGUUGCUGCAGAAGAUGCCGAUGCUUUAAUCAUCCGCACAGCCAUUGAAAUGAACGAUCGGAGACUACUGGAAGAUAGACCCGUCGUGGUUGUUGGAAAUAAUGUUGACUUAUUGGUGUUGCUUGUAGGACUUACUCCUGAUGGAGACAAUAUCCAUUUUUAUAAAAUUGUUUCUAUCGGUAAAAAAGAUCGAAAACUUUACUCUACAAGAGACAACAAAUGUUUUAAAUCUUUCAUUUUAUUCGCUCAUGCGUUCUCUGGGUGCGAUUCAACGAGUGCCGUAUUCAAUAAAGGCAAGAAGAUAAUUAUUUCCCUGUUAUCAGAGAACAAAGAUCUAUGCGAUGCUGUAUCCAUUUUUUAUGAAGGAGGCAGUAGUGCCGCACAGCUUUACACGGUUGCGGAAAAAAUGAUUAAACAUUGGUAUGUUAAUAAUGAACAGAGAAAUCUACCCAUUAAUGAGCUGCGAUUCGAGCUGUUUCGCACUUUCGUACCUGGAGCCAAAAGAGAUGGACUUCAAUCGUUACCACCUACUGAAGCUGCUCUGCUAGAGCACACAAAAAGGGUCUAUUUUCAAGUCCAGCAGUGGCUCAAUUACAAACUUGAUCCUCAAGACUGGGGGUGGGAAAGAUCAAUGAAUGAUGCAGUUAUAUUGAUUCCAACAAAAUCCAGUCUUAAGGCUGCUCCAGAUGAUCUUUUGGGAAAGAUCGGUUGCAAGUGCGUCAAAUCAAACUGCGCUAAAGGAAGAUGUGUGUGCAAGCACGCCGGACUUUCUUGCACUAAAUUUUGCAAACAUUGCUCUGGUUCCGAGGAUUGCAUUAAUUUUGAAACCCGGGAGGAUUAUCCACAGGAAGACAUAGAUGAAAAUCUUGAAUCUGAUAAUGAAAAGUAUGGAGGAGAAGGAGAAAGACAAGAAGAAUUGGAAGAAGUCGAAGUAGUUGAAGAAGAAAUCACAAGAGAUGAAGAUUUUUUUGAAGUCGAUUUCGAUUAUUAUUGAUUUCUCCAUUUCAAAAGUGUUUU